UUUGACCACCGGUUGCCUAGAAAGGUCUUUGUAUAAGACACCAAAGAGAACUCAGGCGAGCAGAUCGCGGUUGCCAACUUUCAGUUCUCCUACAAAUGAAAUUGACAUGCAGCAAGAGAUCUUUUGGGAUCCUCAGUCACCUACAACAUAUAAACUAGGUAACAAUCAGAAGAAACUGACAAUUGGUGGACAUGCAGUUGAGAUCUCAGAAAUUGUUAAUCGAAUUGCUCCUCAGGAUGAAAAGCCUGCCUGUUGUGAAGGAUCUCUUCUUAGGCUAUGGAUUGGUGAGGAUGCAAUUCCUUGUACUCCUGGAAUAACAAAAGUACGAUCUAGAACAAAAAUAAAUACUGCAAGAGAUCGUCAAUUAAAACACGGAGAAGAGGAACUUAUGAAGUUAGCAAAACAAUUUGAUAAAAAUCUGAUUGAUGCAGUCCAGGAACGAUACAUUCUGCAACCAAAUACUGUCCAUGUUUCAUCGGCAGCAAAACUGUCAACUGACCAUCAUAUCAACGUCCAGACAGAAGAUGAGUGGCAAUUGCUGAAUGAACAUCCCACAAUUAACACUACUUUGUCCCUUGGAAUACUUAAGGAGAAUACCGGGACAGCUAAGAAUCCUAAGAGCAGCAGUCAGAAAUCCAUAGAUCUAGAUGCUGAAGGAGCUCUUAAUGACCUUUUUGAUUGCCCUACCCAAAAGUGUAGUGGUCAGCUGAGCCAAGGUCUGUUAAACUGUUCCUUGAUCUCUGCUGUACAGGAUACUUUGUUGGAGGCAGAGCACCCUUUGGUUGGCGAUGGACCUCAGGGGCAAAGUGCCAUGCUUCUUAAACAGCAUUCAGAAUCCCUUCUGGCUGAAAGAGCUAAAACAACUUCUGUACAAGCGAUUUCAGGUGUAGAGCUUUCUAAUAAUAAUCCUGACAAGGCUAUUGUUGAUGGCAACUAUGACUGGGGUGCAGAUUUGUUCCCUGAUGAUUCACUUCUCAUGCAAAUUACUCAGGAACCUGAAUUGAUGAGCAGUGCAGAAGAUGCUCAUAUUUCUGAGGAAAAGGGAGAAUCAAAAAAAAGAACUGUACAUUCCAAGAAGCCUUCUAUUGCCCAGGCUGGAGUUUUUACUUCUUCCAAUACUGUACCAGUAACAUGUGUUUCUGUGCCAAACCAAAACAUCUGGACAGAAAAAGCCAAGGUUAUUCCUUUCCAUGAAGAUAGUUUGUUAAAAACCAACAAGGUGGACUCAUCUUUUAAAAACAGGCAAAACAACACUCUGGACUAUAAUUUUACUGCAGUGAAAUCUGAAAAUAAGAGUAUGCUGCAUGGCCUUACCCAGCUUAAAAGUGCGACUAAUACUAGUUCUUCUGAAAAAAGAACUGCUUCUAUUUCAUUAUAUUCUGAUCUCACUAAACUACCAACUGGGAAAUUCAAAAGCCACAUGCAUGGCACAAGCCAUCAGGCAUCAGUUGUUUCUACCAAUAAAAAGCCUCAUGAUCUAAAGACAGCAGGUAACCAGGGAAGCUCUGGUUAUCCAAAACAGACCUCCAUGGCAAAGAAAGGCACAUUUUCAUUUGAUGAUUGGAGUGAGCCCAAGUUUUCAGAUGAAGUUCUAGAGUUGUUUUGUGAAUCUAAUACCUUUUGGGGGACACACUGUGACGAUGAUGAUUUGCUUUAUCAAGUUUGUGAUGAUGUGGAAAGAAAAACACUGAGCCAGAUAGGUAUGAAAGAGACUGGAAAAGCUAAAUCAACAGAAAGGAGUACUUCCAAUUUGGAGCAGAGCCUUUGUCAGCCAGGGCCCAAUCAAGGGCUUUCCAUUUGCCUGCAGGCUGAGAAGAACCAUGCGGGCAGGAAGACGUUUUCAUUGGAUCCGCCCGUUGCAACAAGGAAGAAUGAGAAUUCUGCAAAUAGGUCUGCAAUGUUUGAAGGCAGUUUUGCAUCUGGAACUGGCACAGCUACUGCCUCCAGCAUGCAGCUAAAUAUUAAUAAUAGGCAAUGGCAGAAUGACCACAAUACGGGCAAGAUCCAGUCUAACUGCAAUCAGUUAUCCUUGUCUGAAAAAUCAAAAUAUAUGUUCAAGAAGACCAAUAGUUCUCAAGCCCUUGUUUUGGACUAUAAAAAUGUGAAUGUAGGCAAUCUUUCUGGAACUAACAUGGGGUUGUGGGAAAGCAAGAAUGCACCAAAUAUUCCGUUUCACAAAGUCAUGAAUGGCAAGCCAGUUUUUAAGAGGCACCUCUCCAUUGAUUUUGCACCAUCUGAAAAAGAACAUAAAAGUAGGAGGUGUUCUCAAGAAGAAAUUGCAAAGAAAAAGCAAGAAGCUCUAGAGCGAAGAAAAUGUAAAAUGGAAGCAUCGUUCAAAAAUGCUGCACCUACUUGAAUAUAUUUCAGUACAGCAGAAUUACUGGCAGGUGGGCAGUGGAAUCAUUGUCACUGUAAAAUAUAUAUCUAUAUUGUACAGUAUUGCCAACUCCUUCACCUAGUACUAUCUUUAUUCUUCUGCAGAAUACCAGUAUUAAUUGCUUUCGUUUGUUUUCUUCCUUCCGUCCUUUUUGGAAACACUGUUGGUUACAAUUGUGAAUUUUUAUAAACUGUUUACCUAAUCUUGGGGUAUUAGGUCAGCAGCUGUUUUACUGAUAUCAGUUCUUUUGUGAUUAAACGAUGCAAUUGGCAUCUGUUAUUCCCCAGGAAACAUAAUAAUGUGUCAAUUCUUACUUUGGAAUAUUUGAGAAGACAGAUAUCUCAGUUUAAUGAUAUAUUGGUCAUUUAGUCCAUUUUCCCAUGUAACGUGGUUCUUUAAAAUUUGCAACAAACAUAUUGUUUAUUCCAAGGUCAUAAAUAACAUUCCAAGCUUUAAAGUGUGUAUCUAUAGAAUGAAUGUAAAACCUCAAUAGUGAGCCUUGAAUGUAAUACAUAGCUUGGACCUAUUUUAAUUUUGUUUCAUCACUGCAUUACAGAGGACCAAUUCUGUAGCAAAAACGUGAAAGUUUCCUAUCAUUUAUUUAUCACUGUAAAUUAUGUGCAUGCUGUAAAUUGUGAUUAAACAGA